AUGGAUUUAGACGAAUCUUAUGUGGACGACAGAAGAGAAAGGGCCAAUGAGCCACUAUAUAUACCACCAAUAGCUGCGGAACCAACUACAUCAAUAAACUUAGCUCAAACUCUUUUCCAACCGUCAGAAUUUGACGAAAGUUUGGAAGAUCAAUUGGCUCAAAGUAUAAGCUCAUGCGAUAGAAGACAUCCAUUAGUAUCUACAGAGAUUCCAAAUGUGUUCCCUCAUCGGUAUGACAAGAAUUUUUUAAUCCUAACAUCAGCUGGUAAACCUAUUUAUGCAAUGAAAGAUGGCGAUGGUACGAUUGCGUACAUGGGGGUUAUCCAUACGAUAAUGAACUACUUCAAAUUGAAAGAGGAUCAGGACUUAAGAUGUAUUGAGAAUGGUGAUGUCAGAUUUGCAUUUUUAGACCGUGAACCUAUUGUCCUAGUGGCAUAUUCGGCAAGAGGUGAAACUAGUAACGAGUUAUUCAGCCAAUUGGAUUUUCUACAUUCAUACUUACUAUCAUCAUUAAGUGAAAGGCAACUAUCAAAAAUAUUCAGCAAAAGACAGAAUUUCGAUUUGAGAAAUUUCCUUGAAUCUACAGAUUUCGAAAACCUUGAUGAGAUUUGUUCAUUACUAUGUGAAAGGCUGUAUCCUGAUGCACUGUUGGGUGCACUAAGGUCGCUAUCCAUGAAGAAAUCCCAUAGAGCUCAGUUGCAUGAGGCCAUGUCUCAACAAUUGACCAAAGAAAAGGAUUUACCAAGAGGAACUCUUUUAUACGGACUCAUUGUGGCGCCUGAGAAUAAAUUAUGUUCCGUGUUACGCCCCAAAGGUCAUACUUUGCAUACAACAGAUUUACACCUUUUAUUCUGCUUAAUAUUCCAUAGGUUCCAGAACUUAGACGAUAGUCAAGAGCUUUGGGUCCCCAUAUGUUUUCCUAAAUUUAACGCUAACGGGUUUCUUUACGGUUAUAUCAAAUUCUUACCCAAGUGCAAUUCCAUUUUAGUACUGAUAAGCGCUCAAAAGGAUGCAUUCUUCAAUUUAAAAUCAUUUGCUGAUCAUUUAAUCAAGGAUAUUUCCAGUAAUGGCCUCCUAGAAGAAAUCCAUAAGGCCAAGGGAUUUAAGAUUAGUGAUAUUCCGGCACCGUUGGUACAUCAUUUCAUUUACAAAUCUAAAAAGCACGUUCAAUACGUGAUGCCAGAAUUAGAACUUCACAGUGAUACUGAACCCGAACAAUUGAUAGAGUUAGAACGGAAAUUUAUGACCUAUUACCAACAAAUUCAUAACUCUGUGGUGCGUGAUGAUGGAUUGGCUUUCAACAAAUCAUGUCUAAAUUUUAUCAGAUGGGAUUCCGAUGCGAUUGAACCAUCAGAAGAACCAAUUGCCAUGUUGGGUUUAGGUUGGAUUACACCCAAAUUUGAGCUCUAUUUGAUAUGUAAUAAUGGUGUGGAUGAUAAACACGUUAUCUUUGAGAGUGCAAAGAGAAUUAUUUCGUGGUGUCGAAAGCAUGAAUCAAGGUUGUUUGUUAAUGAAGGUGCUAUAUUUUAA